AUGCACUCCUUUGCCCUCUUCUCUGUUCUCGCCUGCCUGGCCACUGGCGCCGCUGCCCUCCCCGCCGGCAACGCCGCGCGUGCCGAGACGGUCGUCGCUGCCAACCCCCAAGUCCUCACCUCGGUCGCUCGCCCGGCCGCCGUCACCACCCGGCCCGUCAGCCCUGACUACAUCCUCGCCCUCGUCCACGGCGCGGGCGGGGUCACUGCCGUUGCUGGCGGCCCCGCUAUGGUCACCACCGUCGUCGCUGGCGGAGUCACCACCACCGUCGCUGCCACGCCUCACCCAGUCACAACCUCGGUCGUCGUCGGCGGAGACCUCGUCGCUACCACCAUCGCGGCCCUAGUCCCUGUCUCCACCAUCAGUAUCGGCUCCCCUGACCAUCCUUGCUCCAUCGCGGCCGCGGGCGGCAACACCAUCGCCACCGUCAUCGCCGGCGGUUCCACAAACACCAUCGUCGCCAUGCCGGGCGCGACGGGCGGGGCCUGCAGCAUCGCGUACGUCGACGCUGCCGGAGCCACCUACACCGUCGACGCGGGCGGCAUGACUCACACCCACGCCGCCGUCUCUACGACCACUGCCAACGGCCCGGUCGCCACCGUCUACGCUGCUUGA